AUGGACGACUUCUUGAGUGAUACUGCUGCCCUUUUUGGCGAUGUCCCGCACGACGAUGGGACGAUCCGAUAUGGACCUCUCGUCCUGACAGUGGCGCCGAAGGAAGGCAAGGCCAAUACGCUCCUGGCAGAUCAUUUAUUCUCUCCAUCCUUGCUCCUUGCGGAACUCAUCGAGCGUGGUCUGAUUUCACUCGAAAGGAAAACAGUUGUGGAGCUUGGAGCUGGGUGUGCUCUGCCCUCUCUCCUGUCCGCAACGUUAAUCAACUCGCCAUCCCUCCUGGUGAUCACCGACUAUCCCGAUCAAGGGAUUAUCAGGAACCUCACUGAGAACGUUGCGCGAAACAGGGCGCACUAUCAGGAAGCCUGCUCCGUGAACACGGCGGGAUAUGAGUGGGGCCAGGACGCCAGCCCCCUCUUAGAAGGUGCAUCCGACCACUCUGAUGGCUUCGAUGUGGUCAUCAUGUCAGACUUGUUGCAUUUCGACAGCUCGCAUGACGUCCUCCUCCAAUCCUUGAUAUCUUUGCUACGAAGAACCUCAUCGGCCCGGGCCUACAUCGCAGCAGGCAAAUACACACCACCGCAUGUGUGCGACCACUUCGUGCAGGAGGCGCGACGAGCGGGCAUAGUGAUGGAUGAGGGUGAGGUAGAAGGCGUUUGGCGAGGAUCACUGGAGGUGUCGGGCGGCGGUCUGGAUCGCGAACAACUCGGCGUGAGGAAGAGUAUGUGUAGAUGGUGGAUAGGGCGAUGGGAGAAUCCAGCUGCGAAGUAA